AUUUCUGUUACGACGGACCGGGAGCUCUGCAAAAGGAGAUCACCGAAGACAUGGGUAUAGCGACGGAACAGUUCUCACAACUGUAUGCGUGGUAUUCGUGGCCUAAUGUCAUACUUUGCUUCUUCGGCGGCUUCUUAAUCGAUCGCUUGUUUGGGAUCCGUUUGGGAGCAAUCAUUUUCAGUGUAUUCAUACUUAUAGGACAAGUGGUGUUGGCUUUGGGCGCCUUUUUUAACCACUUCUGGCUCAUGAAUUUUGGCCGAUUUAUCUUCGGAAUCGGUGGCGAAUCCCUGGCCGUCACUCAGAAUACAUACGCCGUCUCGUGGUUUAAGAACAAAGAGAUUAAUAUGGUUUUUGGUCUUCAGCUCAGCUUUGCUCGAGUGGGCAGUACUGUGAACUUCAAUGUGAUCGCACCGGUCUAUUACGCGGUCGCCAAGUAUAUGAUCGGAAGCCGAGGCAACGCCACACUCGGCAUCACUCUCCUGAUGGCGGCCACCACUUGUGUCUUCUCUCUGUUGUGCGCUUUUAUUCUCGCAUUUUAUGACAAGAGAGCCGAAAGAAUACUGAAACGAUCG